AUGGGAGAGGAGGAUCGUGAAGAGAGUGAGGAAGCAUCAAUGUUCUGUAGGUGCCGAGCAGCACUACUUCUAUGUCUUCAACGACUGUCCCUCACUCUCAUUGGUCCCCAAAUUGUUGAGCAAUCAGCAGCACUUGUAGCCAACAACCAACUAAACAAGACCAUACCCCAGCCAUAUCACACCUGCAUUUUGACUGGCCAUAGGUGGGUCCUUGAGCUGUUGAGUAGUCAUUCUGACUGCAUCUGUGCAGAACUUGGUGUCAGGCGCCAUCUUUUCCUUAGGCUGGUAGAUCUACUCAAGCGCUAUCAAUAUGUUGACUCAAGGCAU